CUGUAUGGGGAAGAGGAAGGAGAUGCAAGAGAGCCAACUUUGUAUGAUAGUAUAUCCCCGCGCGCGCGCCUACAUUUUUUAUCGGUUUCUCAACGUCUUUUUCUACUACCGCCACCACCAACGCUGCUGCUACUACACUACCUGUACUACUACAACAUCGUGCUACAACUAGACCAGUCAGGGCCUGACAAAUGCUAAUCUUUCGACGCUUCAUACACUAUAACCAUGAACCCUCCAGCGAUGCUUGUGAACCCCUCACCCAUUGUUGGGAAAUUUUUGUCUCAAAAAUUUAUUUACAUUUUUAUUUUCAUUAUUUUUUUUUAGAUUUUGCACUGAUGCCUCACAAGUUCGGAGGAUCCGGCCUAAGACACAUGCCCCCUUCCGCCUGCCCGCUGGCGCAUCGUCCGUCUCCCCCAUGUCCGUUUGCGGACAGAAUCGCGUCAGUCUCUGCCCCGUGCUGCCCUCUUGCCGCUCUCUCUCCGGCGUCCGCCACCCGGUAUGGCCGUGGACGCGCAUUCCGCCGAGGUGACAUGACAAGUGGCUUAACUCUAAAGAAGAAUUCGAGACACUUCGUCAGUGGUCCGCCACCGCCGCCCCUCCCCCCUCCUUUCCGCUUCCCGUCCAUCAGUCCUCGCUUAUUUCCUUUCUCCCCUGUUCCCUUUCCUUCCAUCCUCCCCUUUUAUCGAGAUUGUCUCUUUGCCAGAGUUCGUGAUCGCAAAGGCGCGUUUCUUUUGACCCAGCUGGCGGUCGCAUACCAUGACUAACCUGCUUUUCUCACGUCUUUUGUUUCUGUUCAUCUCCCUUGCGCUUAUCCCAAUUGGAUUCGAGCUUCGGUCGGGGCGGGCGUGUGGUGGG